AUGAAAAGCAACCAAGAUACCAACCAUAUUCUUGGUGCAGUUGAGUUCCUGCACAAACCGCUCUCUGAGGACAAACUACGAAAUAUAUGGCAACAUGUGGUGCAUAAGGCAUUUAAUGCUGGGGAAAGUAACCUAUCUGAAUCACUAAAGCCUGUCAAGCAAUCCUUGGUUUCUAUGCUGCAACUCAAACUAGAAAAUCAAAAACCGAAGAACAACGAGGCUGAUGAGAGAGAAAAUGUAGCUCUUACAGAUGAAAAGGAGCAAGAGCAAUCAGUGGGAAGCGACAAGUACCCAGCUCCUUCAACCCCACAAUUAAAACAAGGAGCACGAUUAUUAGAUGAUGGGGACUGCCAAGAUCAUAUUAAAUCCUCAACAGAAAAAGAUAGUGUUGAGCAAGUUGGAGAAUGUAAAUCAGUGGAAACUACUUCUGGUGAUUUUAUUGCUGCAGUAAAUGGACAGGUGGUGCAACCUGAGGAAGUCCUAGAUAUAAUAGUCAAAGAGGAGGUAGGUGUAGCUGAUGGUUUGAAGAGUGGUGGUAAUAUGCAUCCUUGUGCUCAAAGUAAAGACGGUCCCAAUGAUUCCCAUGGUUUUAAUAACCCAAGUAAAGCUUCUGGACUUCACAGUACAUUUGGGAAUAAAGCUAAUAGAAAAAAAAUGAAGGUUGACUGGACACCUGAACUGCAUAAAAAGUUUGUGCAGGCAGUUGAGAAAUUGGGUGUGGAUCAAGCCAUUCCUUCUCGAAUUCUAGAGUUGAUGAAAGUUGAAGGCUUGACGAGGCAUAAUGUGGCAAGUCAUCUGCAGAAAUAUCGGAUGCAUAGGAGAAAUAUUUUACCUAAGGAAGAUGACCGGAGAUGGGUACAACCAAGAGAUCAAACGCAAAGGAGUUACUAUGUGCAGAAACCUAUCAUGGCCUACCCUCCAUAUCAUUCCAGUCCUGCCACCGCCGCGGGGCCAGUUUAUCCAAUAUGGGGAGCAACUACGGGUAGUCCACAUGGUGUCCAAAUGUGGGGGUCAAUUGGUUAUCCUCAGUGGCAGGCAACUGAAAGUUGGCAUUGGAAACCUUAUGCAGGGAUGCAUGCGGAUGCAUGGGGUUGUCCUAUGAUGCCACCGCUACAUGGUCCUUUUCCCACUUCUCCUCAAAAUGCAUCUGGGUUUCACUGCAUGGCUACAACAGAUAAUGGCUGCAGAAUGCCUUACCCGAAUUCUUUUGACUCUUAUCCGGCGGAGGAAAUAGACAGGGUUGUCAAAGAGGCAAUAAACAAGCCAUGGCUACCUUUGCCAUUAGGCCUCAAGCCUCCUUCCACUGACAGUGUAUUAACCGAGCUCUCUAGGAAAGGCAUCUCUACCGUUCCUCACAUCGUCGAUGGCACAGAUCAAAGAUGAUAUCGAUGUGGCACCACAUCAUUGAUGGUCCCACAACUAUGUAUAUUUUUUUUUUUUUUUUUUUUUUUUUUUGCUUUGGAGAUUUUAUUUGAUUCUGAUCGGCCGGAGACCACAAAACUUUGGUGGACCAUGCACCCACCUGAUCUCAGAAGGCUUUUUAACCCCCAUCAGUUGAGCACAUAAGUAUCAGACAAAGGAAAAGUACUAAAGUCCAAGGAGGUAUAAUAUCUGUAAUAUUAUCCUGUCCAUCAAGUCGAUAGUAGCUGAGAUGAGACAGCAAGUGCUGGUUUAGAUGGUGAAAGAGAGAGAAAGAAAGUGCAGGGAGGAGAAUUGGCCACAUAGCUUGGGAAAUCUGUGGCUGUAAAAAAA